AUGAAGGCUACCGUUGUUUCGACGUUGCUGGCCCUUUCGGUCGCUGUCAAUGGCCACCCGGCAGUUGAUACGACCUAUGCGUACAAAGGUCCCGAAGUGCCUGUUGGUGAUUGGGUUGAUCCCACGAUCAAUGGUAAUGGAAAGGGAUUCCCUCGUCUUGUGGAGCCACCGGCCGUGAAGCCUGCCUCGUCGCAUCCGACCAACAAUGUCAAUGUCAUUUCUUUGUCGUAUAUUCCCGAUGGUAUUCACAUCCAUUAUCAGACGCCUUUCGGACUUGGAAAGACACCGGCUGUCAAAUGGGGGAAGAAUCCUCACAAGUUGGAUCGUGUUGCGAAAGGAUAUACUCAUACCUAUGGCCGCACACCUUCGUGCUCGCAGAUCAAAGCCAUCACACAGUGCAGUGAAUUCUUCCACGAAGUUUCUCUGGACAACCUCGAGUCGGGAAAGACUUACUACUAUCAAAUUCCCGGAUCCAAUGGUACAACUACCUCCGAGGUUCUGAGUUUCACCACAGCUCGCAAAGCCGGUGACCCUACAGAGUUUAGUGUCGCUGUCUUGAACGAUAUGGGAUAUACCAAUGCCCAAGGUACCCACAAAUACCUGACCAAAGCUGCCAACGAGGGCACUGCAUUUGCUUGGCACGGUGGUGAUAUCAGUUAUGCCGAUGACUGGUAUUCAGGCAUUCUGCCCUGCGAGGAUAGCUGGCCCGUGUGCUACAACGGUACGAGCACCACUCUUCCAGGUGGAACCGUGCCGGAUGAGUACAAGAAGCCUCUGCCAAAGGGCGAGGUCGCCAAUCAAGGUGGACCCCAGGGUGGCGACAUGAGCGUCCUCUACGAGUCCAACUGGGAUCUUUGGCAACAAUGGCUAGGAAGUGUUACCAAGAAGAUCCCCUACAUGGUUCUCCCCGGUAACCACGAAGCUGCAUGUGCAGAAUUCGACGGACCAGGCAAUGUCCUGACAGCCUAUUUGAACGAGGACAAGUCGAAUUCCACCGCAGCCAAGGAGGGUCUCACGUACUACAGCUGCCCACCUUCGCAGCGAAACUUCACUGCUUACCAGCACCGUUUCCGCAUGCCGGGUGCUGAGACUGGCGGCGUGAGCAAUUUCUGGUACUCGUUUGACUAUGGCCUUGCUCAUUUUGUUUCUGUGGAUGGUGAGACUGGCGGCGUGAGCAAUUUCUGGUACUCGUUUGACUAUGGCCUUGCUCAUUUUGUUUCUGUGGAUGGUGAGACGGACUAUGCUAACAGUCCUGAGUGGUCUUUUGCGGAGGAGCUUUCCGGAAAUGAAACUCACCCCACAGAGUCGGAGACUUAUUUGACUGAUAGCGGACCCUUUGGUCGCGUUGGAAAUGUUAAGGAUACCAAGUCCUAUGAGCAAUACCAAUGGUUGAAGAAGGACUUGGCUAGUGUUGAUCGAAAGAAGACACCGUGGGUGAUCGUCAUGAGCCAUCGCCCCAUGUACAGCUCCGCCUACUCUUCCUACCAGAAGAACAUCCGCGCAGCAUUCGAGGGCCUGAUGCUUGAGAAUGGUGUAGAUGCCUAUCUCUCCGGACACAUCCACUGGUACGAACGACUGUUCCCGUUGGGAACUAACGGAACUAUCGACGUCGCUUCUAUUGUCAACAACAACACCUAUACUACCAACGCUGGCAAAUCGAUGACCCACAUUAUCAAUGGAAUGGCUGGUAACAUUGAAAGUCACAGUGAAUUCAGCAGCGGCCAGGGCUUGACGAACAUCACUGCGGUGCUGAACACCAAGGAGUACGGAUUCAGCAAAUUGACUGUUGUGAACUCCACCGCGUUGAAAUGGGAGUAUAUCCGUGGCAGUGACGGGUCAGUCGGUGAUAAGCUUUGGCUAGUCAAGCCUAGCCAGGAGGGUCACGGUCAUAAU